AUGCAUGCGGAGGCGUACAUGGCGGCGAUAAACCCGGCAAAAGUGUCUAAUCAGGCGGCAACAUCAUCAUCGGAUUCGUCCAAUGAUUUCGAUUUCGAGUCGCUCGGAGAAGGGACGGCGCCGUCGUUAAACCCGAACGAUUACAAAGAGUUUAAAGAAUCCUAUUCAGAACAGGCUUUAAUGAAUAAUAGAAACGAAGAAGACGAGACGGAAUAUCACGCGGAAAACGACGUGGAAGGGAACUUGGAUUUGUCUUCGAAAGCGACGACGCACGAGAUUUUGGAAGCGUUGUCCGAUCAGUCCAUCGCGGACGACGCGGAGGAGCAAAUAGAAUCGAUCGCGGAUGGAGAGGAAAUCGCGGAUAAAGAUGGGUUUGUGGUCGAACACGAUCACGGGGACCCGAACGGGCACAGGUGUAAACCGUUAGUCGGGUUGAGAGGUUUGGAGACGCUUCGUAAGAACGAAAAGAGAUUGAAGGAGGCGCACGAACGCGGGUUGAAUCGGGACGAGUUGAAGAAGAAUCCGGAAGGUUUAUUAGAGAGAGAGGCGGCAUACAUCGACGCCGAGGAGACGAGGAUUGGGUACGAAAACUGUUUGACGACCGUGAUGCCGACGUUGUUAAAAACGACGGAUUUUACGGCCACCAUACGGUGCGAGACGAAAACCGCGCACGAAAAUUUUAACAAAUACCGAAGAGACGCUUUGAAGAACAAGCAGUGGUACGACGAGUUACCAGAGCGAGGACGUUUUUCGCACACCCGAGGCACGGUCUCAAAAAAAGCCGGGAAAGUCAUCGCGUUAUACAACGGGUACGCCGUUUGCGUCAAAGAAACCAUCCCGACGUUACAUUUACAUCUCAUGGAUUUACACAAGGUUGCGAAAAACAAAGACGACACGCACCAUUUAAUCGAGCGCCCGAAGUACGAUCCGAGAGGUAUUUAUAAGACCAACGGGAAACCAAGCGGAGGGAACGCCGGGUUGGAGAGAAGCGUCAAAGAGGCGUUUCAUUUGUUCAGCACGAAAGAUGAAAAUGGGAAUAAAAAGAAAGGCAAUACUAAGAAAGGAUCGCGGCGGAUGAAAUCGUUGUAA